AUGCUUUUUACACUCAUAUUAUAUUCGAUAAUUUUAAUUUUGAUUAUUACUUAUAUUAUUGUCUAUAUUAAACAAUAUGAAUAUUUUAAAGCACGUCAAAUACCCGGACCCACGCCAUCCUAUUUCUAUGGUAAUGUGAAAACGCUAUGGAAUGCUAAAUCUCCAUCUCGACAAUUAGCCGAAUGGUCUAAACAAUUUGGAAAAAUAUAUGGUAUAUUUGAAGGUACUCGACCACAUUACAUUGUGUCCGAUGUUGAUUUUUUACAAGAAGUAUUCAUUAAACAAUUUUCACAUUUUCCAAUUCGAAAAACGAGCUUAUUUACAAAAGCACUUAACAGAGGUAAACGUAUUCAUUUGUUCAAUGCCUUGGGCACAAGAUGGAAACGUCAACGAAACGUCAUAAAUCCUACAUUUUCUGCUAUUAAAUUGAAACAAAUGUCACCGCUUAUAAAUAACUGUAUCAAUGAAUUAAUGAAGAAAUUACCCGAUUAUAGUGAGAAAUAUGAAGACUUUAAUAUUUAUGCACUGUAUAAACGACUGACCAUUUGA